GAGGUGAAAAAAAGACAAAACAAACUUUGUCUUGUUCUUUCUUUUCUAUCUACGUCAGCUCACAUGUGAAACAGUAACAGCUCUGCAUCUUUGUCUGACUGUUUUACGACCGUUUCUCGUCAUUGAGUGUUUUACAGCAGCUCUGCUGUGACUUUGUGUUCACACCACGGCCGACCUUGAGAGAGCGCCAACACUUUUUUUUUUUUUUUUUAACCUCAGAAGAGUCACUUUGUUUUGACCGUCCUCUGUUCACAAUCGUCCCUGUGGACCACGAUGAGGACUGCUCUGCUCUCUCUCUGGUUUUGGGUGAACUCUGGCAUCGAUGCUGCUCAAACAGGUCCAAAAUGUGGCGUUCCUCACACGUGGAGUCCGAUGGUUACCUCACUGAGGGUGGUCGGAGGCGCCGAGGCCUCGUACGGAUCGCAUCCAUGGCUCGUUUCAUUGCAGAACAGAGGCUCUCAUUUCUGUGGAGGUGCCAUCCUGACUGAUCGCUGGAUAAUGACCGCCGCACACUGCUUUGCAUCGCUCUCAAAAGAGUUUCUCAGCGGUGUGAGGGCGGUGGUUGGAGAGUUCGACCAGAGAGUGGACGACGAAGAGGAGCAGGUCUUUGACAUCAAGUCUGUCUCCGUCCACGAGAAGUACCGUCACGCUUUGCCAAUGAGCUACGACAUAGCUCUGAUGGAGCUGAAUCAACCCAUCCGACUGGGAGCUCGUGUCCGCCCGAUAUGUCUGCCUUUACCUGACGAGAACAUCCCACCUGAGACCAGUUGUAUCGUGGGUGGAUGGGGCAGGUUAAAGGAAAAGGGUCGUCUUCCUGCGGUGCUGAGAGAGGUCCAGUUAGACCUGGUGGACCCAGCUAAAUGUAAAUACGUCCUCCAGACUAUCAAAAGCUCAUUUCUUAACCAGAGGCCAGCCAUGACGGUUCUGUGUGCCGGGCCGGAGAGAGGAGGAAGAGAUGCCUGCCAGGGGGACUCAGGGGGUCCUCUGGUGUGUCCCUCAGGUUCAGGCGGCGGUCACUGGGUAGCGCUGGGCGUGACCUCCUGGGGAAAAGGAUGUGGUCGGAGCUGGGGAAACAACAGCAGCCGACCCCCUUCCAGACGAGGAUCUCCGGGGGUUUUCACUGAUGUCCGUCUGCUGCUGCCCUGGAUCAAACGGAAACUGAGAGACGCUGAUGAACAGCUGAGAACAACUUCAUCAACACUCUGCAGUGUGAGAGACGGGCCUGUUAAUGACAGUGAUGGGGUCAUCAGAAACCCCGCCCACCCCGGUGAUCACUAUGACGACAACCAGUUGUGUGUGUGGACCAUCAGCGUUCCUCCAGGUCACGGUGUCCUCCUGGAGUUUGAUCGUUUCCAUCUGGAGAACGACUCUCACUGUCGCUACGAUCGACUCGUCGUUUCAGCCGGGAUCAGCAGGCCUGUCGGUAUUUUCUGCGGACAUUUCCUCCCCGGCUCGGUGCUCCUAAAUAAUUCCCAGAAUGCGACGCUCGUCUUCUCCUCUGACAUUAACCGAGCGGAGAGCGGCUUCGUCGUCAGGCAUCGUGCUGUCCGGGGACACAUCGAUCCUGGAUGCAGUAGUGUCGUUCUAGUCGAGGAUCAGACUGCUGUCCACAGCCCAAAUUAUCCACAGCUCUACGGCAAUGACUGUGUCCUCCGCUGGGUUGUCUACGCUCCACGGGGUCACGUUGUUAAGCUCGACUUCGCUGAUUUUGAUCUGGAGGAGUCCGACAGAUGUUUGUACGAUUCCCUCACUGUCCUCGGAGACGUUGAAGGAACAGAGGAGAUCGCGGUGCUGUGUGGUCGCAGCGUUCCUCCACCCGUCCUGUCCUACAACAGCGUCAUGGUGCUUCGGUUCACGUCAGACAGCAGCAUCACACAUCGAGGCUUCAGUGCUACGCUCACCUUCAUCAGCCGUACAGACCUCCACGAUCCGAACACAACAGAUGUGAAGAGUCGAAGAGACGGCAUGCGAGACCAUCAGGAUGAUUGGACCUCAUACGAUGAAGCGGACACAGCUGUGCAGCGGUCCAGCACCAGAACUUUGUCCUCUCAGGGUGACCCGAAGAGCUCAAAGGAUCUCGGCCUGGAUAUGAACACGAGCUCGGAUGAUGAAGACUACUACAGCGGAGGAUCCUCAGGGAGUGGGAAGUAAAACCGGUGGGAAGAAGAAGAAGAGAAGGCCUCCAGGCUGAAAUACUUUGACUUUUGGAUGCACAGAAUUCAAAUUGAGUUUGAUAAAACAAGAAGAAGUUUGAAAUAAAUCCACUUGUUGACAGAUUUUCUGGUCUGUGUCUUGUUCAAAGCACCAACAUUAAGAGAUGAAGUGAUCCUGAGCGGGGAAAUUAGCUACAGAGACCAAAACAGUUUUUUGUA